ACUGUUCUGCCUAAUGCCGUAUGGCAGAUCUACAGCAUCCCCCCCCCACCUCCACCAGGCUCAGGGACGGCUUCCCCCCACAGGCCAUGAGACUGCUGAACUCUGGAGCUGGUCACAUCAGCAUUGUUGUAAACUUACUUUGCAUUUGCAUCUAUCGCAUAUUACUUAUUUAAUCCCGUGUUUUAACUAAUCACAAAGCCACUAAACACGAGGGUUGAAGAAAAGAGAAGAGGAAGGAAAUGAGCGAGUCUUUCUGUUCAAAUGUCAAUUUCUUACAUUUUACCCAUGACACCAUCGAUUAAAGCUGCUACAAAUGUAAGUCGGCGACUUGUCUCUACAAGUCUGUCGUCCCUCAGCUUUGCCCGUGAGGCUCUUCAGGAUGAGUGCUGCCGAGUCACGGCGACACUUUCACAUCCCUCCCUUUGCCUUAUCUUCAGACGUUUUGGAAAUAAACGCAGUUCUGACCCCGUGAAUAAAGCCAGGAAGCCUGAAAUAUCAGUUUACAGAAAAUGCUCGCUCUGCAACGCAGAAUUACAUGACAUUUAACUUUAAAAUAGUGUUGCUGAAACCCAUUUUAUGGCAGACCAAGUGACAAAUGUGUUGAACAAAGUGAGAUAUUCAUCAUUAAUCAUCUAUGUGAUCAUGACGAUGUACAAGCCAAGCUACUUGCCUACUUGCAAACUACUUUACUUCCCUACGCGGAAGUCCAGAAGAACACAGGCAAGUCACUCAAGGUAACUCUUCCCCAAAACAUCAGCCAACACCUGGUCUGUGGAAUGAAGAGACAAAAAAGAGGGAGUAGAGAGCAGGAACAGAGAGGAAGAGGGAGAUUAAGAGAGGGAGACAACGAGAUGAGGGCUGCAUGCGGUAAAAACAGAGAAGGACAGACUGAAGUCAUUCAAGCUUUUCUUCUCCCUGAAUUAUCCCAGUUUUGUCCGAAUUUAGUUGGAGCAGAUUGUGGAAAACCCAGUCCUUGACAUUCAGCCAGAAAGUCAUUUGACGGCACCAACUUCUAUUUCAUCUGAAUCUCUCAUGCUUCUCUCCCUCCUUUUUUCACUAUGACUCUAUUUAUUGUGAUUUCCUCCCCAGUUUCUUUAUCCUUCCCAAUUACACAGGGCUGUAAUAUAAUGGAAAUGUCUCCGUCUGGACUUGUCAGGACGUAUGCACGUGACGCCUAACGUUACUUCCGGAAACAAAGCGCACAGCGCAUGCGCGGAAAUUGAAUAAUUGGCGGUGAAUCGAAGCGACAACAAACCUUCAUUUUUCAAUCCGACCGGGACAGUUUUCUUUUUUUUUUUUUUUUUACCGCGUAAUGAGAUACAAAGUCUGACCUGGACGAUGGUUGAAGGUCCGGGCUGCACGUUGAACGGAGAGAAGAUCCGCUCCAGAGUCCAGACGGGGCAGAAAUGGAAGGAAAGCAGCGGCAGUUUGACCACAUCCACCACGAACAACCCGGCGGGCAACGCCUUCCGCGGCUUCGUCGGGUGUCCGUACACCGGUGUGCACACGGUGGGCAAGGAGCUCUUCAUGUACUUCGGUCCCCGAUCGUUGAGGGUCCAUUUCGGGAUGAAUGGAUCGAUGCGCAUAAACCCCGCCGAGAGGAAGGAGAGGACCGGCCGCACGCCGGUGCUGCAAAUACACCUGACUAACGACACCGUGUGCUUCUUUGACAGCACGGUGGAAAUAAGGUCGACGGAGGACUGCGAGCACCGGGUGAGGGCCUUGGAGAGUCUGGACGUGUGCUCCCCCAAGUUCAGCUUCUCGCGCUCGGUGGCGGCGGUGAGGAGGCGGGGCGGCAGGAUGCUGUGCGACGUCCUCCUCGACCAGGCCGUCAUGCCGGGAGUCGGCAACAUCAUUAAAAACGAGGCGCUGUUCGACUCGGGCCUCCAGCCAGCCGUGAAGGUCGACCAGCUGACGGACGAGCAGCUGCACCACUUGGUGAAGAUGACGCGGGAUUUCACUCUGCUCUUCUACAAGUGUCGCAAAUCUGGCUCCCCUCUCUACAAACAUUACAAAGUCUACAAGCGUCCCCAGUGCGGCCAGUGCGCCCACGUCGUCACAGUCUGUCGCCUUGGAGACAACGGCAGGAUGACUUACUUCUGCGGGAGCUGUCAGAAGGGGGAUCCCAGCGGGGUCGAAGUCAGCAAGCUCCCAGGCAGGAACAGCCUGAUCCGCUGGGCCGGCCGCGAGCCCGCCAAUCACAGCGCGGCCACGCGGGGGGGGGAGGAGGGGGAGGAGGACUGGGCCUGUCAGCUCUGCACGCUCAUCAACCAGCCGGCGGCGAGGGCCUGCGACGCCUGCCUCACUGCGAGGGCCGAGGUCCACAAAGAUGACAUUAACCCCGAGGCGUCGCACUUCACCAGCGAUUUGAUUAAACACCCCUGCACUGCCUUCAGGAAGCCACAGGAGGAGCUCAAGGUCAACUGGAGGUCCGUGCUCGGGACUUCCACCCUGGUUUUCUCCGACUUGAGCAAGAAGCCGAAGCCCGCAAACUCCCCGCUGUCCCCAGCCGGCAGUCCUUUGAAUUCCUUGGCGGCAGAGCGAGGUUCAUAUAAAUACAGCAUCCGCCGGGGGACGGCGAGCCCCAAUUACGCCUCUGGUGGCUGGCAGAGGCAAAGCGCCGAGCCCUCCGAUGGGGAAUCGCUGGCCUCCUACAGUCACCCAUCCAAGAAAAUGAGAAUUGAUCACAGCCCCUUUGCCGGUAACAAUGCUCAAGACGCGGCGCCCAACGCGCGCAAAGCGGAAGCCCCCAGCCGGCGGCCCCCCUCCGCGUCUUCCAGCGCCCCUUGUUGUGCGUCCCAUCGCCGUCCAGCCGCCCUCAGAGUGGUCCACAAGGACGGGGACAACAAGGGCCGCCAGUUCUACGCCUGCUCGCUUCCCAGAGAAACCAAGUGCAACUUCUUCGAGUGGGCGGACCUGCACUUCCCUCUCUGUCGCCACGGGAAACGCUGCGUAAUGAGGACGGUUCUGAAACUGGGACCCAACAACGGGCGGAACUUCUACGUUUGCAGCUUUGUAAAGGGCAAACAGUGCGACUUGUUCCAGUGGGCAGAGGAUGGACCGGGGGUCUCAACACUCCCUGGCUGUUAACUAUCAAACCUCUUUGUGCCCAACUGCUUGUUUGUUACAAAAAAUGGUCCAUUGUGUUCGUCUUUCAAAAAGGUCUCAGGAGACUGAUGAAUAAAUAUAGAAUAAAAACAGUAGCAGAAAGUAAAAGCCGAACUAAUUAAAAUGCCCUGGGACGUUUCUUUUAAAUUGCUUUAUAUUCUUCAAUAAAACAGGUCCAAAAAUACA